CAAUUGGCUGUUUGGGGAAAUGGGCGGGGUCUUAAGUUGGCCGAGCGCAUUUAUGAUUUCUCGCUUUCAUUGAAAAUGAUGACACUGUGGUUGGAUUUUAUCUGAUUAUUCGUAAAUUACGGACAUGCCAGAUCAGUUACAUUCAGGUUCUUGAAUUUUCUAGGUCUCUGUGUAAAAUAUGGAUCGUGAAGUGGGAGAGGACUCAUUUGAGUGUGGAAGCUUGGGAACUCUCAGCCGCUGGGGGAAAUUCCUUUGUGGUCCACGGAAUCUCACGCUCAAAGAAGUGUUUACAUGGAAGCUUUUCAAAACUAUUGUAAUGGGUCAGGCCCUCUCCAUGCUGAUAUGUGGGACGGCAGUUACAUGUCAGUAUCUGGCAGAUGCUGGGGUCGAGACGUCAGUGCUGCAAAGCUUUCUCAAUUACACCUUGCUGCUGCUCACCUAUACUUUAGUCUUGGCCUUCAGGAGAGGUGAAGAAAAUAUUAUUCAAAUUCUAAAAAAAAAGUGGUGGAAGUAUUUUCUGAUGGCUCUUACGGAUGUGGAAGCAAACUACACUGUUGUGAAGGCAUACCAGUUCACUACGCUUACAAGUAUACAGCUCUUGGACUGUUUUGUGAUCCCGGUUCUGAUGGUGCUCUCGUGGAUCUUCUUGAAGACUCGCUACAGACCAUUGCAUUUUGUAGCUGUGGCCGUUUGCUUGAUUGGGGUCGGGGCGAUGGUGGGAGCAGAUCUGCUGGCGGGGAGAGACCAAGGCUCAAGUAGUCAUGUGUUGUUGGGGGAUGGACUAGUGCUGGUCAGUGCUGCUCUGUAUGCAGUGUCUAACAUCUGUCAGGAAUACACAGUGAAAAACCUGAGCAGGGUGGAGUUCUUGGGCAUGAUUGGACUCUUUGGUACCCUCAUCAGCGGUUUGCAGAUGAUUAUUCUUGAAUCCAAAACUAUACCGGACAUCAGCUGGAACUGGAGAACAUGCCUGCUCUUUGUUGCAUAUACUCUGUGCAUGUAUGGGCUGUACAGUUUCAUGCCUGUCGUGGUGAAGAUGACCAGCGCCACCGCUGUAAACCUCUCACUGCUGACUGCCGACCUCUUCAGCCUCUUCUGUGGCUUGUUCCUUUUUCACUACAAUUUCACCGGCCUGUACAUUGUGUCUUUUGUGGUGAUUACGCUUGGUUUCAUCAUGUUCAACAUCGUACCGACCUAUACAGCAGAUCAGCCGUAUGCCACUAAUGAUGAGGCGUAUCAUCUUGCUUCAUCUGCGGAUGUCCAACAAGAGGGAGGCGUUGUAGAUCGGCUGCAGAAGGAAGAACAUGACGAACUGGAUAGGACAGUGUUCAAUCACAAAGCACACUGCAAUGGACUCUAUUAAUGGAGUACCUUAGAAAUCAACAGGAAUAGAUUAUUGUACUGACAGUAAUGGAUUUCACAGAUUCUCUUUAGAAGAGUCUGUAUUUUUUUGCCAAAGGCAGCGUUUGAUUUUUAUAUAUAUAUAAUAUAUUUUAAUGGAUUUUAAAUCCACUACAGUGUGCCUUCAGUCUGUAUUUUUAUUUACACUAAUUUGUGUAUAAAUGUUAUUUAAAUCUACUGAGAUUUAAGUUCAAACUAGAAAAUUCUUUUUGCAGAAAAUAAUGCACUGAGCUGUACAGUACUAACUUAAACCUCUUGGGGUGCUAACAUCUCCAUUCCAGAUGAGAUGCUGUUUCCAGUAUUAUUAUUAUUUGUAUUAACAUUCUUUAUCUUUUGUAGAGUUCUUGAUUUAUUUAAGGUUUUUUGUUGUUUUGUUUUUUACUUGAGUUACAAAAUUAUAAAAAGUUAUGAAACUGUAGAUAAUGACUUUUUAUAUUCAACUUGUUACAUUAUUGAACAUGUACAGUAUUUUAUGUAUGUUUAUAUUUUAUGUAUCCACAUUUGGAAAUUAUUUCUGACCAUUAAAGUGGUUUUAUGUCUCAUAGUAAA